AUGUCUUGUGCGGAGGUUCUAAUAUAUUCUCCAAAGUUUUAUGCUUAAAUAUUGAACGAAUAAUCUUUUUUAAACACAUCUCAAAUGGCAAUUAUAUUAUUCGUCCUGAAAGAGCGUCGUCGUCAUAUAUGACAGUUUGUUCCCGUGACAGAUGCGCGUCGUAACAAUGGCAGAGAUUGAUUGGCCUUGGCAGUACAGUUUUCCACCGUUCUUUACACUUCAGCCGCACGCGGACACCAGAUCCAAGCAAAUCGCAGCCUGGAGGAGUUUGGUGCUCGAAUAUUAUCGCACCACAAAGCAGGCGGUCGUAGACGUGCGAGAAGUGCACACGAAUCCUUUGUUCAAUAACACUGCCAUAAACCGAAAAUUGCCAUCAGAGACUGUCUUACUGAUAUUAGAAGAAUUACGAAAAUCUGGCAAUGCAACUCCAUUGGACAAAACCAAACAGAGAUGGUUGGUUUAUUGGCAUACUCUGGAAGAAUGGGGUGACAUAAUAUACAAUUGGGCACAGGAGAAUGGUUUCGUAGGAUCUGUGUGCACAUUGUUCGAAUUGACACAAGGGGAUGAUACUUCUGAGCAAGAAUUUCAUGGUCUUGACACAGAAGUACUAAUUAGAUCACUGAGAAUCCUGGAGGCUGCAAAAAAGGCUGAGCUAAUCUUAUUCGAUGAUAAUCAGGGCGUUAAAUUUUUCUAGUCUUUGUAAAUUACAUGUAAUCUAAUUUGUCAAUAACUGUUCCCGCUACUGCAAGUAUUGUAUGUGUACUUUUUGCGAAUUAAAUCAAUUAUAUCUUUAAA